GACAUAAUAAAUCAUUUUACACACCCACACCACCGCAGCCGCACUAGCCAAGCCAGCCACCAGGUUCUUCCUCUUUUUUCUUUUCUUCACCUUUACCGAUUCUUUCCUUUCUUCUCCAAUUCUUCUUCUUCCUCCUCUUUCUUCUUCUUCUUCUUCUUCACCUCUUCUUCUUCUCCUGCCUGCUCUGCUCUUGCGCGACAGACGACCAGAUUUAUUUUUUUUUUCAAAAAAAAACAAUUAAGGCCGAACCGCCGGUUCAAACCGUGAACCGUCGGAACUACGGUUUCAGUUCGGUUUGCAUCCGGUUUUGGUUCAAACCGUAAUCGCCGGUUCAUAAACCGUCGAACCGACGGUUCGGAAUGGAAUGGGCAAGUCUACUUUAGGUUCAUAACACUGUAUUUGUUACAGAAGGCUGGGGGAAUUGAUUCUAUGGGUGUUAUCAAACUGUUAUGCAACAAUCCGUCAGUUUUCGGGGAAAAACCAAAAAAAUUUGGUUCCAAUUGUUGUACGUUGAGACUCGGUAGUGCUACCUGUAUGACUCCAUCCUCCGCCUCCGGCUCGGUCUCUGCAGUUCCUACAAAAGAUGACACUCAACAGCAGCGUGGCUGUGCGGUGGCUGGGGACUCAUUUAUUCGGCCGCAUCUCCGUAAAUUAUCUCCUUAUCAGCCGAUCUUACCUUUUGAGGUGUUGUCCACUCACCUUGGUAGGAAGCCUGAGGAUAUAGUAAAACUUGAUGCCAAUGAAAACCCAUAUGGGCCGCCACCAGAGGUUUCUGAGGCAUUGGGCUCCAUGAGGUUCCCAUAUAUAUAUCCUGACCCUGAAAGCCGCAGGUUGCGAGCUGCGCUUGGUGAAGAUUCUGGCCUGGAAUCUGAUUAUAUUCUAGCUGGCUGUGGUGCAGAUGAACUGAUUGAUUUGAUUAUGCGAUGUGUGUUAGAACCUGGUGACAAAAUAUUGGACUGCCCACCAACCUUCACCAUGUAUGAGUUUGAUGCAAAUGUUAAUGCUGCACUUGUUGUUAAAGUACCCCGGAAAUCAGACUUCAGCUUGGAUGUAAAACGGAUUGUUGAAGUUGUUGAGCAGGAAAGGCCAAAAUGUAUAUUCCUAACCUCGCCUAAUAAUCCAGAUGGAAGCAUAAUAGAUGAUGAAACACUUCUCCAAAUACUUAAUCUGCCAAUAUUGGUUGUGCUGGAUGAAGCAUACAUUGAAUUUUCUGGAAUUGAGUCCAAAAUGAAAUGGGUGAAGAAGUUUGAAAAUCUAAUUGUUCUUCGUACUUUCAGCAAAAGAGCCGGUUUAGCUGGGCUUCGGGUUGGGUAUGGGGCAUUUCCUCUGAGUAUGAUUGAAUAUUUAUGGAGAGCAAAACAACCAUAUAAUGUGUCUGUUGCUGCUGAGAUUGCAGCAUGUGCUGCAUUACAGAACUCUGAUUACCUAGAGAAAGUAAAAGUUGCAUUGGUUCAAGAAAGGGAGAGGCUCUUCGAGCUUUUGAAAGAAGUACCAUUUCUAAAGCCAUUUCCAAGCUACUCGAAUUUCAUUCUUUGUGAAGUUACAUCUGGGAUGGAUGCUAAAAAAUUGAAGGAAGACCUAGCAAAAACGGGCGUGAUGAUUCGGCACUACAGCAAGAAAGAGUUGGCCGGUUAUGUCCGUAUCUCGGUAGGGAAACCAGAGCAUACAGAUGCUUUAAUGGAGAGCCUCAGGUGCCUGCAUAGUCCUAUAUAGAUAUAGAGAGAUAAGAGAAGGUAAGGUAAGGUAAGGUAAGGAAAGGUAAGGUAAGGCAAGGCAAGGCAAGGCAAGGCAAGGUAAGGUAAGGUAAGGUAAGGUUAGUCCAUUCCAUACCAUUCAGCCAAAUUCACAAUUCAUUGGAAAUUGUAGACAAAAUAAGAAUGUUGCUGAACAUGUUGUGAAUCAAGAUUAGAUUCCUUGCUCUGUUUCUA